UUUGUAGGAGCUUAGAUGUGACAUCUUUAAAAAACAUCUAGAUGUGAAUUAGACAAACUGUAGAACAAAAGCUAGAUGUAUAUUUAUUCACGGACGGAGGGAGUAGAUGACAGUCGACGUACACGCGCGUGGGAGGCGUGCUCUCAUAUCCGACAACACACACCUACGAACUCUCACGCGGAUCAAUACUCCUGAUUCCCCAAUCUCCGCCACGGAGUACCGCCGCCGGCGCCAUGUCCACCACCACUAAAGGUACAGCCGGCUACGACCGCCGCCGGGAGCUUCAGGCGUUCGACGACACCAAGGCCGGCGUCAAGGGCCUCGUCGACGCCAGCGUCACCACCAUCCCGCCCAUCUUCCACCACCCUCCCGACUCCCUCGCCACUUCUUCCACCGCCACCAUCCCGGUCAUCGACCUCUCGGGCCGCCGAUCCGAAGUGGUCGGCGAGGUGCGGGCGGCGACCGAGACGGUGGGCUUCUUCCAGGUGGUCAACCACGGCGUGCCGGCCGACCUACUCGCCGAGAUGCUCGCGUCCGUGCGGCGGUUCCACGAGUCGCCGGCCGAGGCCAAGACGCCGCACUACACCCGGGACCUUGCCAGGAAGGUCCGGUUCAACUCCAACUUCGACCUCUUCCAGUCGCCGGCGGCCAAUUGGCGCGACACCCUCUUCUGCCAGGCGCUCCCGGACCCGCCGGAGCCGGAGGAGCUCCCCGCCGCGGUGCGGGGCGUUUUGCUGGAGUACGGCGACGCGGUGCGGCAGCUCGCCGUGCGGGUGCUGGAGCUGGUGUCGGAGGCCAUGGGGCUGGCGCCGGACCGGCUGGAGAAGAUGGGGUGCGCGGAUGGCCUGAGCGUGGUGAGCAACUACUACCCGCCGUGCCCGCAGCCGCACCUCACGCUCGGCACCAGCCGGCACUCCGACCCGGCGUUCCUCACCGUGCUCCUCCAGGACGACAUGGCCGGCCUCCAGGUGCUCGUUGACGACGACGGCGAGAAGCGGGCAGUGUGGGCGGACGUCCCUCCGGUGCCGGGCGCUCUGGUGAUCAACGUCGGCGACCUGCUCCAGCUGGUGAGCAACGGGAGGCUGAAGAGCGUGGAGCACCGGGUGGUGGCCAACAGGAGCAGGGACAGGGCAAGGAUCUCGGUGGCGGCCUUCUUCAAUGCCGACCUGAGGCAGACGACGGCGGUGUACGGCCCCAUCGAGGAACAGGUAACCUCGUCGGCGCCGCCGUUGUACAGGAGCAUCACGGUGGAGGAGUUCCUCUCUCACUACGACGGCAAAGGCCUGGACGGUCGCCCGGCGCUGGACCAUUUCCUUCUUCCUUGAUCAGUGGUCGGUUUGAAACAAUGCUGGGAAUUUCUAGCUGAACUUGUUUUCUGAAAUCAGAUGCUGUCAAAUGUUUCUGAAACACCGUAAUGCAAUCCUGAGCAGAGGAUGUGUUUGCUACUA